ACUGUGGCCGGAUUUAUUCAAGUUGUUUGAAACAAGUUGAGAUGGGGCGUUUAACAAUCUUUGUCUCCAUUUUCUGUGUUCUUUUUGUUUACUCUGAAGCGUCAUGUUGGUCUGAGAGGAGAGGAAAUGGGUACUAUUGUACAUAUGGGAACAUGUUUCUGCACAAGGGCGAAAGUUACUUUAAUGCAACGGCUCCAUACUGUCACAAAUGCACGUGUUCUGAAGAUGCAUAUAGGUUAAACUGUUGCAGCCUUGGGAAUACUAUCACCAUGAUUCCAGACGACUGUGAGAUAAAACAGGUUGGAUGCAACCAGGAAGCUGUUAGCAAAGCCGACCGAAGCAAACCUUGUAAUGGUCCAGUAGGUGGUGUCGUAUAAAAUUGUUUGCAAAAUAAACAAGUC